AUGACGGUCGCAAAACACGAAAACGGCCGUCCGAGAACGACGCCACUCCCAAAACUUCAAACAGCCCUUGCGCUUCUCAUCUCCCAUGCAGAGCCUGUAACAGCGACUGUUAUCUACCCGUUUAUACCCGCUUUUGUUCGUAGAACCGGGAUCACGAAUGGCGACGAAAAGAAGACUGGACACUAUGCGGGAAUUAUCGAAUCUCUAUUCUUUAUCUCGGAAUGUCUUUGUGUCUUCCAUUGGGGUCGAGCUUCAGAUAGACUGGGACGACGACCGAUUCUGUUGAUAGGCCCGCUUGGUCUGGCGAUUGCCACAUUCGGUUUCGGCUUGUCUACAUCCUUUUGGCAACUGGUGGUCUUUCGAUGCAUUCAAGGCGUCUUUAACGGGAACAUUGGGGUCGUCAAAACUCUCCUGGCAGAGAUUACCGACGAUACCAACCUCCCGGACGCUCUCACGCUCUUGCAACUUAUGUGGAACGUUGGGGUUACCAUCGGGCCUGCUAUGGGUGGGCUAUUAACAGAUCCUGCAAAACGAUGGCCUCGUAUAUUCGGUAAUGAGUUCUUCAGAGAAUACCCCUAUUUCCUCGCUUGUGCUGGGCCAGCAUUUUUGGCAUUCGCCACAUUUGUCAUUUGCUUUUUCUUCUUGAAUGAGACUCUCAGGGACUAUUCCGACAAGGAACACAAAACGGAUCCAUCAGAAUGCGAUCCCCUCCUUCCACGACCACGAGAAAUUGCACGAACUCACCACCACGACCCGGUGCUGCCAGUGUUACCACCGCCGAAUGAACCGUCACCCACACUCCACGAAAUCAUCAUCCCUAAUGUUCCGUUGCAACGAUCACUCACUUGUCAUGCGUUUUAUUCGUUCACGAACAUGUCCUAUACCGUCCUCGUACCCCUCAUCUACUCCACAUCGAUACCCAACGGCGGUCUAGGACUGUCACCAUACAAAAUCGGGGCGAUACUGGGCGUCGAGGGCGUCUGUGUCGCUGUCUUCCCAGUGUUUGGGUGGAAGCCGAUGUUGAAUCGUAUAGGGCUGAAGAACACGUUCAUUCUUUCGUAUUCGUUUCACAUAGUGAGGAUAGGGAUGUUGAUGCUUGCGAGGAUGGCAGUAGCGACUACGGGGACUGUCGAUUGGAUGGUGUGGAUGUUGAUCGCUGCGCAGAUCUCCUCGUCUAUGUUUUCUUCUGUUGCUUACAAUACGACGGCAACGCUGAUUCUCAAAUCUACUCCUCCGAACGCGCUGGGAGCUGUCAACGGGAUACAACAAAUGAUCUCGUCCGGGUUGAAGGGAUUGGCGCCGACAGUCGCGUCCUCUCUAUUCGCGGUAUCGUUGGCGCUUGACUGGAAGGUCACGGGUGGUGAGGGCGGGAUUUGUCGGUAUAUGGCGGAUUUGAUUCAGCUGGUGGUGAUUACGGCUGGAGUUUGGUAUUCGCUUAAGCUUCCGAAUUAUAAACUUAUUCAGUGA